AUGGCAGACAAGGAACCCUCCGCGGCGGCUCCCGCCCAAACUCAUGAGGAUGAAGAUGUAGCCAAUCUGGAGCAGGAGGUCACUGAGGGGAACUGGACCCGCCCUGAAGUCGAAGUUCAUGAGGUAAAGGUUGAGACUGGAGAGGAGGGGGAAGAGGCUUUUUGGAAAUGUCGCUCCAAGUUGUACCGCUGGGCUGGUAGGGAGUGGAAGGAAAGAGGCCUAGGAGAGGCGAAGUUGCUGCAGCACAAAGAAACGAAUAAAAUAAGGUUUCUGCUGAGGCAGGAGAAGACCCUUAAGAUCGUCGCAAACCAUUACGUGGUGGCGACUGAUGUUUAUUGCAAGCUGACGCCGAAUGUCAGCUCUGAAAAGAUUUGGGUGUGGACCGUGAUGGACUUCGCUGAUGGUGAACUGAAGAAUGAACAGUUUGCUCUGAAAUUCGGCCAAAUUGAACAGGCGAAGGAGUUCAAAGAAAAGUUCGAAGAGGCAGCUGCGAUCAAUUCGAAGCUGUUCGGCGUCGAGGACGGGGGCAAGGGUGAGAAGGGGGAACAGGAGGGGACAGAAGCAAAGGCAGAAAAAUCAAGCGAAUCAAAGGCAAAAGAUGGUAUUACCGAGACUGCAACAACUGAAGACAAGGAAAAGGAGGCUGCAAAAUCGGAGAAGGCCUGA